GAGUCCMGUCACUUUCUACUAAUACACRAUAGAAACCGUACAAAGCCUUUGCGAAGAAAGAAACGACAAACAACUAGCGAAAUGAACUCCGUGCUCUGCCGAUGCGGCCUCGUYGUGGUGAUGAUGCUGUGGCCAUCAUUUUGCGACUCCUUUCAKAUCACAAUUCCGGCAACAAGCGACCUCACGACGACGCAAACGACUCGGAAAUCCGACGUGAUAAUGGGAGCUGUCGCUCGAACGAGCACACGWGUCMAGUCCUCAUCCCAAGACCGGUCCGACGAAUGCAGCGACGACRCUUCGUCGCCGUCUUCUUCGUCUUCUCUGCCCGCCGAACACACCGUCACCCUCCACUACGAAGACAGCUCCUGCGACAUUCUGGCCCGGWCCGACGAAACGAUACUGUCGGCCCUCGAGCGGAACCAGCCCUACCUGGAGUCCCUGGGUCURCCGAACUCCAUGAUCCCCUCGGACUGCCGAAGGGGGAACUGCCUCACCUGUACGGGAACCCACGCGUCGGCCUCCUCCCAGCUGGCCUCCGGGAGUGCCGUGGUCUGCGACGGGGACGGCYUGUCGCCGCACAUCUCCAGAACCAUCCGGGAGAAGGGGUACAUACUGACCUGCAGCACGCGGGUCGUCGGAGAGGGCCUGCAGCUGAAUCUCGGCCAGAACCACAGGGUAUGGAAGGACAUCUACCAGGACCGGUUGGUGGAGGAGCCAACGCAGACCGAAAAAUGGGCCGCCAUGGCGAGGGCCAAGCGCCAGAGCGACGAGCGCAACCAGGUGCAAUGGAAGAAGCAAACGGGGGAGCUCCUGUCGUCUGCGGAAGGACCAGAAAACGACGGCGRWKGCUAACCGACGCAGGACUGGGCACAUUUCAUACAAAUCUAUCUCUCCGACCACAAGGUUGCCCUAGCAGAGGCCAGCACAAACUGCAAUCCAUUUUSAACACAUCUCCCAAGCAGCUGUCCCUUUCUGUCCCAUCACAAAAGAAACAGGAAGUAAAGAUCGCUCUAUUCAUUUGUGGUCUGCUUGGAGUUGGUUGCUGUCAUGUAUUUGUUUWACUACUAGUUUAAAUCUUGCAACGAAAGAACGCUCUCCAAGGAGCCAUAAAUCCCUCAGUACUCC